AUGCUCAAGCCGCUUCCUGCUGAGGUCUGGUAUGAUGGUGCUGGUUUUGAGAGAGCCCGGCUCCGGUAUCGCUUCGGCAAGGCCCGGCGGAGCCAUUGCGCGGUACCAAAUUGGCGGCUUCUGCGAGAAGAGCCCCUGCGGCUGUAUGCGCUGAUCUCAGCCAGGAGCCAGGUUUUGCCUCGGAUUCUCAUUAAUGUGGGUGCUGGAGAUGCCCAAGCUGACGAUCCUCUAGGCCUGGUCCUCACAGAGUUCGCGAGAGCCGGGAGGCCCUGGACGGGUGUGUAUUUCGAGGCCAUCCCAGAAAACUGUGCGAAGGCAUCAUCCAAGCUGGCCGAGACGGGUGCUAUCCAUUUAGAGUGUGCUUAUGCCACGCCUGACACAGUCGUGGAAGCCAUAUGCCAGGAACUUGGGCGACAGGAAGUUCCCGGAAUCGACGCCGUCUGCCAAGCAGCGGGUGUCCACAUCCAGAGCACCUCUUCAAGCCCAGACUUCGCAGUUCCCGCCGGCGCGCGCGUCGAGGUGGAUGCAAUGAGUUUGGACAUCGAUUCCUACGAUUGCUCCGUUCUCCGCGAAGCCCUUCGAAUCGUGAGCCCCAAGUUCGUCAGUGUGGAGAUAUCGGCUUUUCCGCCCCCUGUUGUGGUAUCGGCAGAGUUCCACCCCAUUUUCCAGGCAAAGGAGAAGAAGAACAUGUCAUCAGAACACGCGAUUCGUGGCGGCACAAAGAGGGAUGGCUUCAAUGGCUGCUCAUUCAGUGCUGCCAUCUCCAUGCUUUGGCCACACGGCCUCGGGCUCUACCGCAUGGCUGCUCGAGAUGCCCUCUUCGUCCGAGGAGAUGUUGCGGAGGAGAUUGGCCUGUCGGGUAAGCAGGGCGAACCCUGGCAGCCUGCGGACGAGUUCGACUGCUGGCGAAACGUCUGUGCGGAUGUGGCUUUGCAGGAAAACCUUAUCAACCUCACCUCCGUAGGGGUCUAUGGGCAUCUGCUUCCUCGGAUCUAUGAGAUCUUGCAGAGCAAGUAUGGCCAGCAAGGCCGUCCGACCACUGUCACAGUCGCCACACCACCUCCUUGGCCUGAGUUGCCGCAAGUACCGCUGGUCCGGUCUAGGGAUGCGAUUCGAAAGAGCUUUGGCGCUGAGCCGACUUCCUUUUAUCAGAUUUUUUGCCUUUGCUCUCCGAGCGCCCUUCGUCUACCACCCCAACUUGCACGUCAAACUCUAGGCGCUCCAUCUUGA